AUGGACAGCCUGGCGUUCGUCUUUGGCGCGAGAAUAAGGCAAAUUGACGACUGGCUACCCAACUGGCAUACCUUGAUGCGCGACCACCCUGGCGCGACUUGCACGAUCGUCAUUGUGAGCACGAGCGAACGACAUGUAGACGACAUGGUGCAGCGAAUGCAUGCCGUCCAUCUAGACUGCAAGAUUGAGCUGUCGACUCACCGCGAUGUGCGCAGAGACUAUGCUCUCGCUCCCUUGAGCGCACAACAGCAUCACAAAGACAGCACUGGUCAUUGGCCAGACUAUGUCAUCGUCUCGGAUGACGAUACUGUUUAUCUCGACAUGCGGCAAUAUAGAAGGAUGCUCAGCAGAUAUGAUCCCUCUAUACCUUACUUUAUCGGUUCUGCAUCCGAUACGGCGCAACGCAGACACGUUGAAGGCGCUUUCGCAUACGGAGGCGCAAGCAUGAUUAUCACAUCGGCUUUGCUGGGUUCGAUGCAUGGCAAUUACGAGCAGUGCCUCGAGGACCUCCCGAAGGAGGAAUUUGGCGGCGGUGAUCUCUAUCUUGCGCUGUGCACUAGCCGAGCAAUUGGUCUCCAGCCCCAACGGACUGCACACCGAGCAAGAGAUAUGACAGAGUUUUUCAAUUUUCAGAGCGGCUUGCAUCAGUGCGAUUACACUGGCAAUGGCGACGGCUUCUAUCAGUCCGGAGAAAGGUUCCUUACUCUACAUCACUUUCUUUCCAAGAUAUUCAGCAAACCAUUCCCCGCUUUCAUUGACCAUCAGAUAUCCUUGCGAUGCACUGUACUUGCAGCGCAACGUAUCGGCGGUCAGAACCUGUAUAAACGCUUCGUAUUCGAGCAAGGAAGGCAGCUCUGGGUGCCGGGUCAUUCUUUCACUCGCUACUCGCGACCAAUAGCGCAAGAGGACUUUGCAUUGAUGGAGGUGACCAUGAAGGAAGUGUAUUUCCUGGAGCCGACCCGCCCUGGAAUCACGGAGGGCAUCGAUGCAUCUGUCGAGGAGAAUACAAAACAGACCUUUUAUCUGUCUGCUACAUCAGCACGAAGUCCCACAUCAACUGUACUUGGGUACACGGCGAGCGACAAUUCUACAAUGACAAUUUUGGUGCACCACGAAGCUGUCGAUAUUUAG